CGAGCCGGACAGCACGGAGACAAAGCGGCGGCCGUCGGCUUCGGGCCUCGGAAUCCUUCUGCGCUCGCCCCGCUCGCCGCAGCUGAACUGGAGAUACCUUGAGGGCAGGAACCAAGUUACCACUGUAGCCACUUUACCCUUCAGCACAGUGAGCACAUGAAAUGACUGCUGUCCACGCAGGCAACAUAAACUUCAAAUGGGACCCCAAAAGUCUAGAGAUCAGGACUCUGGCAGUUGAAAGACUGUUGGAGCCUCUUGUUACACAGGUUACAACUCUGGUAAACACCAACAGUAAGGGGCCCUCUAAUAAGAAGAGAGGUCGUUCUAAGAAGGCUCAUGUUUUGGCUGCAUCUGUUGAACAAGCAACUGAGAAUUUCUUGGAGAAGGGGGAUAAGAUUGCAAAGGAGAGUCAGUUUCUCAAGGAGGAGCUCGUGGCUGCUGUAGAAGAUGUUCGAAAACAAGGUGAUUUGAUGAAGAGUGCUGCGGGAGAGUUUGCAGAUGAUCCUUGCUCUUCUGUGAAGCGUGGCAACAUGGUUCGGGCAGCUCGAGCUUUGCUCUCUGCUGUUACCCGGCUGCUUAUUUUGGCUGACAUGGCAGAUGUCUACAAAUUACUUGUUCAGCUGAAAGUUGUGGAAGAUGGUAUCUUAAAACUGAGGAAUGCUGGCACUGAACAAGACUUAGGCAUACAGUAUAAAGCCCUGAAACCUGAAGUGGACAAGCUGAACAUUAUGGCAGCCAAAAGACAACAGGAACUGAAGGAUGUGGGCCAUCGUGAUCAGAUGGCUGCAGCCAGAGGAAUCCUGCAGAAAAAUGUUCCGAUCCUCUAUACUGCAUCCCAGGCGUGCCUACAGCACCCUGAUGUUGCAGCCUAUAAAGCCAACAGAGACCUGAUAUACAAGCAGCUGCAGCAGGCAGUCACAGGCAUUUCCAAUGCAGCCCAGGCCACUGCGUCAGACGAUGCCUCCCAGCACCAGGGUGGAGGAGGAGAAUUGGCAUAUGCACUCAAUAACUUUGAUAAACAAAUCAUUGUGGACCCCUUGAGCUUCAGUGAGGAGCGCUUUAGGCCUUCCCUGGAGGAGCGCCUGGAAAGCAUUAUCAGUGGUGCUGCCCUGAUGGCUGACUCGUCCUGCACCCGUGAUGACCGGCGUGAGAGAAUUGUGGCGGAGUGUAAUGCUGUCCGCCAGGCCCUGCAGGACCUGCUCUCAGAGUACAUGGGCAAUGCUGGACGUAAAGAAAGAAGUGAUGCACUCAAUUCUGCAAUAGAUAAAAUGACCAAGAAGACGAGGGACUUGCGUAGACAGCUCCGCAAAGCUGUCAUGGACCAUGUUUCGGAUUCAUUCCUGGAAACCAACGUCCCACUUUUAGUAUUGAUUGAAGCUGCAAAGAAUGGAAAUGAGAAAGAAGUUAAGGAAUAUGCUCAAGUCUUCCGUGAACAUGCCAACAAAUUGAUUGAGGUUGCCAACUUGGCCUGUUCCAUCUCAAACAAUGAGGAAGGCGUAAAGCUUGUUCGGAUGUCUGCAAGCCAGCUAGAAGCCCUCUGUCCUCAGGUUAUCAAUGCUGCAUUGGCUUUAGCAGCAAAACCACAGAGUAAACUGGCCCAAGAGAACAUGGAUCUUUUUAAAGAACAGUGGGAAAAACAAGUCCGUGUUCUCACAGAUGCUGUCGAUGACAUUACUUCCAUUGAUGACUUCUUGGCUGUCUCAGAGAAUCACAUUUUGGAAGAUGUGAACAAAUGUGUCAUUGCUCUCCAAGAGAAAGAUGUGGAUGGACUGGACCGCACAGCUGGUGCAAUCCGAGGCCGGGCAGCCCGAGUCAUUCACGUAGUCACCUCAGAGAUGGACAACUAUGAGCCAGGGGUCUACACAGAGAAGGUGCUGGAAGCCACCAAGCUGCUCUCCAACACAGUCAUGCCACGUUUUACUGAGCAAGUAGAAGCGGCGGUGGAAGCCCUCAGCUCAGACCCCGCCCAGCCCAUGGAUGAGAACGAGUUUAUCGAUGCCUCCCGCCUGGUGUACGAUGGCAUCCGGGACAUCAGGAAAGCAGUGUUGAUGAUAAGGACCCCUGAGGAGUUGGAUGACUCCGACUUUGAGACAGAAGACUUCGAUGUCAGAAGUAGGACAAGCGUCCAGACAGAAGACGAUCAGCUGAUAGCUGGCCAGAGCGCCCGGGCGAUCAUGGCUCAGCUUCCCCAGGAGCAAAAAGCAAAGAUUGCGGAACAGGUGGCCAGCUUCCAGGAAGAAAAGAGCAAGCUGGAUGCCGAAGUGUCCAAGUGGGACGACAGUGGUAACGACAUCAUCGUGCUGGCCAAGCAGAUGUGCAUGAUUAUGAUGGAGAUGACGGACUUUACCAGAGGUAAAGGACCGCUCAAAAAUACAUCAGAUGUGAUCAGCGCUGCCAAGAAAAUUGCUGAGGCAGGAUCCAGGAUGGAUAAGCUUGGUCGUACCAUCGCAGACCACUGCCCAGACUCGGCCUGCAAGCAGGACCUGCUGGCCUACCUGCAGCGCAUCGCCCUCUACUGUCACCAGCUCAACAUCUGCAGCAAAGUCAAGGCCGAGGUGCAGAACCUCGGUGGGGAGCUCGUUGUCUCCGGGGUGGACAGCGCCAUGUCCCUGAUCCAGGCCGCCAAGAACUUGAUGAACGCCGUGGUGCAGACAGUGAAGGCGUCCUACGUGGCCUCUACCAAAUACCAGAAGUCUCAGGGCAUGGCUUCCCUCAACCUCCCGGCUGUGUCGUGGAAGAUGAAGGCACCUGAGAAGAAGCCCUUGGUGAAGAGAGAGAAACAGGAUGAGACACAGACCAAGAUUAAACGGGCAUCUCAGAAGAAGCACGUGAACCCGGUUCAGGCCCUCAGUGAGUUCAAAGCCAUGGACAGUAUCUAAGGCUGCCCUAGCCAGCUGCCCCCACCCGUUGGGGCCCCUAAAGAUCAGUCACUGUUCUUCACUCAAGUGUAUUUGCUACAUAGAACACUGAUGUUAGAUUCCACAGGGAAAUAGGCAGAGUUUAAACUUGGCCAGGUGGUAAAUUUUUGAAGGCCAUAUUUGUCUUUAAGUUGGUCAAAAAUACCUUUAGAAUUCAGGAGCAUAUUUCCAGCUAUAUUUUUUUUAUAAGAUUAAAGAAAAAUAAAAAUUCCAUAACCAAAGAGAAUCUCACAUUAACUUGUUAUUAACACUCUUGACCGAGUUGUGAGGCCCAUUCUGUUUGAGAGAAGGAGAUCUACCAGCCCUGGGUUCCAGCGGUUUGGCUGGUAUUAUGUGACCAAAGACGACCCAGAGUGAGCAACCUGGGUGUCUUAGGAAGCUAUCCCUGGAGGAGGAAUGUUCCCAGAAAGGUCUUGAAAGGGACGUAGCACAUAAAACUCAGUAAGACGUAAUGUAUCAUGAAGACAACUGAUUACUCUCUUUAUGACAUGCAAUGAGAAUUUUAAUGCAUGGUUACAAUUACUAAUGUACUCUGCUGCAGGACAUUAAUAAAGUUGCUUUUUUCAGGCUAGAAUGUUGUGAUGCUGUAAUCAGAACAUGCUUUUUUCCCUUUCUUUGGCUUCAAAUGCAAAUUCAUCAUUGGGCUCACUUCUAAUAAUUGCAAUGUUUCCUGCCUUGGGCUUGCAACAGAAGCCUGACAAAAAUAGUGUUUACUUAGGCAAUAAUUUUGACUUUACCUUAUUUGUGAUUACUAUAGCGAUUACUAUAGCUACAAGGUAUAAUUUUACUGUCUUAUUUAAAUUUUAUGAAUUUGAAUGUUUUUUACACUAACUUUUCCCAAUAAAGUCCACUAUGAAACCAA